GGCCGUUCGUGACGCGGUUCCUGUCACAGUGCGCAAAUGCGCAUCCAGGAGUGCGGAGCUCCGGCUGAGAGCGAGCGGACUGACGGCGGCAGGCUGGGAAACGAAACCUUAGGACGGAAGAGAAAACAACGCUUCAGGGGGCACAGUCAGAGCAGGGGGAAGGUCUGUGACGCAGCAGCGACCAUGGUUGGCGAACGCCGCAAUGGGAACCUGCUGGUCCAGCUCGGCCCGAGGCUGCAGGCAUAUCCCGAGGAGCUGAUUCGCCAGCGGCGCACCCACGACGGCCAGACGGAGUACCUUAUUCGCUGGUGCCUCAUCACCAUUGAUGACGGCUCCAGCUCCGGGGGCGGCGCCAGCGAGGCCAGCGGGACGGUCGGUGGCGGCUCUGGGGUGGGCGGGUCUGUGGGUGCUGUGUCUGGAGAAACCAAACCAGAGAACAUCCUGAUGUGGAUGUCGACAGAGGACGUGUACGCCAACUGCCCCACGCUGCUGGGCAAGAGGAAGACGGACUCCCAGCGUCCCCUGCAGCAGGAGAAGCAUCAGGGCGGCGAGGCUUUGGACGCAGGCCAGUCGAGCGGGGCUGAGUUCCCACCUGAUGUCAACUUUGACGAAGUGGAGCUGUCUGACAUGAAGGAAGAUGUGAAGAACCUGGUGUGCCGAGCCCGGAAGCAGAUGGCCAAGAAGACCGACUUCUCCAUCAACAUCAUGCACACAAUCCACGUGUUGAGUGCCUACGCCAGCAUCGGCUCUCUCGUCGGCGUCUUCAAGGAGACGGGCGCGCUCAACCUGCUCAUGGAGCUGCUGUGCAACAAGGAGACGCAGACGAGGCGCAGCGCCGGGAAGAUGCUGCGGGCGCUCGCCUCGCACGAUGCAGGCAGCCGGGCGUAUGUGUUGCUGUCUCUAAGCCAGCAAGACGGCAUCGAGCAGCACAUGGACUUUGAUAACCGCUACACGCUGCUGGAGCUGUUUGCCGAAACCACGUCAUCUGAGGAGCAUGGCAUCUCCUUCGAGGGCAUUCACCUACCACAGAUUCCCGGGAAGCUGCUCUUCUCCCUGGUGAAGCGUUACCUAUGUGUCACAUCACUGAUGGACAAACUCAACACGGCGGGGGCGGAGUCGAGCUCUGAAAAGCUGGAUGCCUGCCCUUCCCCCGCCUCUUCCUCCAGCAGUUCCGCCCACCAGACAGAGCAGCUCCGCAUCCAGCGGGAGUUUGACUUCACCAUGGCCAUGGCCAACCUGAUCUCAGAGCUAGUCCGGGUGAUGGGCUGGGACCGGAACCGGCAACCGCCUGACGGCUCCGCCCACAACUCGGGAGGAGGCAUGGCCGGUGGGGAGGAGCAAGGGGAGGAGAUGCCCCGCUCCGUCCUCAGGUCCAUCUUUCAGCCUCGAUUCUGCGCCUCCCCCGUCACUCUAACCCCCAGCUCAGGUGGUGCGGCUCCUGCUGCCACUCCACCAAAGAAGAAGACAAACGGUUUCAAGACGCGCUCGGACUUCACCUGCCGCUCAGCCUACGUGGAGUACGUCCAGGAUAAUCUGAAGAGCGGCAUGAUGGUCCGCAUGCUGGAGGACUAUGAGGAGGUGAGCGCCGGGGAUGAAGGAGAGUUUCGCUACAGCAACGACGGCUCGCCGCCCGUCCAGGUAUACUGGAACUCCCUGUCCAGGACUUACUGGGUCCACUGGCACAUGGUGGAGAUUCUGGGCAGUGGCAGCAGCAGUCAGGCUGAGAAGGAGACGCAGGAAAAGGCCUCCUCGCUGACCGAGACGCUCAAACUCUCUGCUGGUAGGAGCCUAUCGCUAACACCGCCUGCUGGUUCAUUUGCUUCCCUGCACAGUCUGAAUAAAUCUCCUCUUCUCUCAGUGAGCCAGACCUUCUUCUCAAAGCCUCCCGGUGGUCUCUACUCUCUGCCGUACCUCUCAGAGGGUCUGCACAUGGAGUCGGGCACUCUGAACAGAGCCGAGUGGUGGGAGAUCCUCUUCUUCAUUAAGAAACUGGAGCCGAAGCAGCAGCAGGAGGUCAACAGCAUCCUGCUGCAGAGCCUCGAUGAUCAGGAGGCGGAGCUGGAUGACUCCUCUCUGAUCAGCCUCUCAGUCCCCGGAGACGUGGCCAAGAAGCUGCUGCACUACCUGAAGCUGAAACUGCCAUCAUCGUGCCUGAGCGACCUGCUGUGCUCCCACGCCUUCGCCAAACAUUACUUGAAGAGAGGUGGAGCCAGUCUGGAGGAUGAAGAGCUCCUGGCUGAAAGCUCCCUGAGUUCGUCCAGUCUGGGAGGAAGUGGUGGUGGAGGACAGAGCUUCUCUUCUUCCUCUGCUUCAACCUCAUCUUCCUCAGCGAUGGGCUCCGUCUCCAAGAAGGCCAAGAAGGAGCUUCCUGUGGAUUCAGGCUGCUGCAGCUCAGAGACUGAGAGCGAGCUGCCCACAGAGGAUGACAGCAAAUACCCCGACGACCUGGAGGACAAGAUGAAAGUGUUUAACAAUCCGCGGGUGCAGGGGAAGAAGACGGUGCUGGAGAAGCUGGGGGAGGUGGUAGACAUCCUGAAGAAGGGCGGGGCUGGCUCAGACCAAGCCCAGCAGCUUGCCGCCAUCCUCUUCCUCACCCGGCUGCUGGAGGGGGCGCAGGAGAAGAACGCCAUGAGGAGCGACUCAGCCCAGACCAUACGGGAUAAGGUGCUGAAGCUGCUGGUGGAGCUGCUCGGCUCCUCCUCUAAAGAUGUGGUCGUGAGCAUGCUCAGACUCACCCACCUCCUCAUGCUGAAGUAUGAGUGGAGGGUUUCCUUUGCCACUGAGGGCGGGGUCAAAGCCAUCUUGUCCUGCAUGCAGGAGUUCUCAGGCGUGGCACACGUCCAGCAGCUGGCACUGGCGACUCUAAAGGUCAUCACCGGCGCCAGUAAACACGACUUGCGUAGUGUCGGCAGCAGCCCCCCGCUCUCCGAGUCCGGCACCCAGAUGAUGCUGGAGAUCUUCGCCAGCAUCGGCUCGGCCACGCCCGAGGGCUCCAAAGGCCUACUGGGCGCGAUCCCGGCCGCCAUCGACCUCAUGCUGAACACAAAAGGCUGCGUGCCGUCGGUGCGGAAUGGGCUGCUCGUCAUCAUCAUGCUCAUAUCCAACCACAAGAGCCUCGCAGAGCAGCUGGUCGCCUGUGACGUCACCGCCAUCCUCAAGAAGUGUCUGACUCUGUCCCGAGCCGAGACCAUGCUCGCCAUCAUCGCCCUCAACCACAUCUCCAUGGUGCAUAAGCUGGAGAGCAAAGAGAGUUGCGAGCAGCUGGACUUUAAGGACACUGAGCUGCAGAUGUUGGUUGUGAGUCUGAAGGAGAUGACGGCCACCAAAGAGGUGAUCCAGACUCUGGAGCAGCUGCUGUGUGAUGAUGCUUCACAGCUGGAGGAGGAGCGCAGCCAGGUGACUCACAGUCGGGACACCUACCAGGACCUGGUCCGAUUGAUGGAGCAGCACCGGGCCGACCGGGCCGUCCAGCUCUCCAUCCUCAGGAUCCUGAACAAGUUCCUGGAUAACUACCAGGAGGACGUGCUGCCGUGGCACGAGAGCAUCGAGCCCUGCCUGUCCUCCAUGACGGCCUUCGUUAAUGACAGAGAGGUGGUGCAGCUCUUCAUCCGCUUCCUGUACCGGCUGGCGUCUCUGAACAAAGACUACGCCGUGGUGAUGUGUCGCCUGGGGACCAAAGAGGCGCUGGUGAAGGCGCUGGACAAACACAGCACCAACCUGCUGCUGGUCACCGAGCUGCGAGACCUCAUCACCGACUGCGAGAAGUAUGCCAGCCUCUACAAGAAAAUGACCACCAGCGUGCUCGCAGGAUGCAUCCAGAUGGUGCUGGGUCAGAUCGAGGAGCACCGCCGCAGCCACCAACCAAUCAACAUCCCAUUCUUCGACGUGUUCCUCAGGAAUCUGUGCCAAGGGUCCAGCGUGGAGCUGAAGGAGGAUAAAUGCUGGGAGAAGGUGGAGGUUUCAUCCAAUCACCAUCGAGCUAACAAGCUGACUGACAAGAACCCGAAAACCUACUGGGAGUCGAACGGCUGCACCGGCUCGCAUUUCAUCAACAUCUGCAUGCACAAAGGUGUCAUCAUCAGGCAACUCGCCAUCCUGGUGGCCAGCGAGGACUCGAGCUACAUGCCGGCCCGGAUUCUGGUCCUGGGAGGAGACGAGCCCACUAACAUUAACACAGAGCUGAACACGGUGAAUGUGCCGCCGUCAGCCAGCCGCGUGGUUCUGCUGGAGAACAUGACCCGGUUCUGGUCCAUCAUCCAGAUCAGGGUCAAGCGGUGCCAGCAGGGGGGCAUCGACACCCGGGUCCACGGCUUCGAGGUUCUGGGUCCGAAGCCGACGUUCUGGCCGGUGUUCAAGGAGCAGCUGUGCUGUCGGACCUACCUGUUCUACAGCACCAAGGCCCACACCUGGUGUCAGGAGGUGAUCGAGGACAAGACGCAGCUGCUGCAGCUCUUCAACAAGCUGAACAGUGCUCUGAGACACGAGCAGAUGUUCGCUGAUCGUUUCCUGCCGGACGCUGAGGCGGCCGAAGCUCUGGGUCGGACCUGCUGGGAGGCUCUGAUCACACCGAUCGUGCACAGCAUCACACUGUCAGAAUCCUCGGCUUGCAGCCCUCUGUCCUGGCUGCUCAGCGAGUAUCUGGAUAACUCCGAGGCGCCCCGCCGCUGUAAGAGCCGGGCCACCAUCUUUAAUUCUCGAGUGAGGCGCCUCACCCACCUGCUGGUCCACGUGGACACGAGCCGAGUGGACGGCGAGGAGCUCAAACCGCCUGUCAAAUCGAAAGGUCUCAACAGAAGCAAAGAGCUGAAGAAUGGUAAAGACGGGAAGAACAAAGAUGCCUCCACGCCCUCCUCCUCCUCCUCCUCCUCCUCCUCUUCAGCCAAACCCAAAGUGAAAAGCAGCAGUAGCAUCGCAGGCAUCGCCCUCUGUUGGCAGGCAGUGGUACAGCGCCAGGUGAAGAAGUUCCUGGAGUCGAGCUGCACUUUGCCAGACUUUGUGGAGCGAUAUCGGAGGCUCUACCUGCGGCUGAAGAACGCCAUGGAGGAGCUAUUCGGACAACAGACCGCCUUCGUCCUCGCCCUCCGACAUGGCUUCUCCUCUGCCCUGCUGCAGCUCUCCAUCCUGAGAGCCAUGCACGUGAGCGAGCGUUUUGCUCAGUACAUCGAUCAGAUGAUCCAGGCCGGCGGCGCGGCGUCUGGCAGUGUGGAGACCCUGGAGCGGCUGCAGCAGUUUCUGGAGCCGAUGCUCUUCCUGUCAGGCCUGGAGCUCGCCAGCACCUUCGAGCACUUCUACAGGUACUACCUGGGUGACCGGCUGCUGGCUCAGGGGAACGUGUGGUUGGAGAACGCCGUGGUGGAUCAGAUCGGCAGCUGCUUCCCGAGUCGCUUCCCUCAGCAGAUGCUGAAGAACCUGAGCGAGUCGGCUGAGCUGCAGCAGGAAUUCCACCUGUACCGGCUGCAGCAGCUGGACCGAAACCUGCAGGAGCAAGACCAGAUGAUGGAGGAGUGGGCAGAGUCAGAGGAAGAGGCAGAAGUCCAGGUUCUGGUUCUGUCGCCGCGCUGCUGGGCCGUUUCAUCCCUCUGCUACCUGGAUGAGCCAGCAAAACACUUUCCAGCCGAACUCUGCACCUACCUGAACCAGUUCACCCAGUUCUACACCCACAGUCAGUCCAUGUACGGUCUGAGUCACUCGAAGCCUCGGCGGCUGCAGUGGACAUGGCUCGGUCACGCCGAGCUGCAAUUCGGCCAUUGGACGCUGCACGUCUCCACGCUCCAGAUGUUCGUCCUGCUGCAGUUCAACAGCGAGCAGGAGGUUGGAGUUGAGGCUCUGCUGCAGGUGACUGGACUGUCCGCCGCUGUGCUGCUGCACGCUCUGCUGCCGCUCAUCAACGAGGGCGGACCGCUGACGUGCAGCCACCCGGACGACCCCAUCCAAGGUGUGCUGCGGCUGAAUGAGCAGGUGGCCUCUCGCAGUCACGAUGGCGACCCAGCAUCUGUGCGGCUGUUGCCCAAACAGACGUACCUGAAUGUGGACGAGGACGCGGCAGGCACGCUGGAGAGGAAGAGGAACUACAUUUAUUGCCUGAUUGUCCACAUCAUGAAGCAGGAAAAGGAGAUGCACAUCGAUAACCUCGUCUUCAAGGUGCUGGACUCCUGUCAGAAGCAGGAGGCGUCUCGCUCUCCGGGCUCCGGGCGCUUCAGCUGCAGCACCAGCGACGUGCUCUCAUGUAUCAUGCACGUCAUCAGCAAGGGCUGCAUCCGCCGCAACGAUGACAACCCGCACAUCGUGGAGUUUGUCCCCGAGGACCCGUCCACGCCGCAGAAGGGCCAGGCCCAGUUCUCCUUCAGCCGGGCCGACAUCAGGAAGGAAGCUGACAGCCGGGCCGACAUCAGUCUGGUGCCUGCACCGCGGCGGUUCGAGGACGGCGUUCUGGAUGCAGUUCUCUUCUCAAUGGGUCGCACGAUGACACAGGAGGAAGUUCGUCAGCUGAUGCAGAGGACAGUCCAACAGGUUGCGGGGACUCUGAGUCUGGACCUGGACCGGGCUGAGCAUCUCUUAAUUCACUGUAAGUGGAACGUGGAUCUGCUGGUGCAGCGGUACACCGACGACCCCGACGCCCUCAUCAUGGCUGCCGGCCUCAAGUGCCGGAAUCCUCAGACGCCGCCGAGCCCCGCCUCCACCUGCCCGGUGUGCCUGAGCCCGUGGAGCAGCAGCAUGGAGCCGGUGCCGUCUCUGAGCUGCAUGCACUACUGUUGCCAGUCAUGCUGGCAGGAGUACCUGACGGCGAGGAUCGAACAGAACCUGGUCAUGAACUGCAACUGUCCAAUCACAGACUGCCAGGCUCAGCCCACCUCCCAGUUCUUCCUCAACAUCCUCACCGACAAGGACACCAUCGCCAAGUAUGAGAACGCCCUGCUCAGAGGCUACGUGGAGUGCUGCUCCAACCUGACCUGGUGCACCAACCCUCAGGGCUGCGAUCAGAUCCUCUGCAAGGAGAACACGGGCAGCAUGGCGACCUGCUCCAAGUGCUGCUGGUCCUCCUGCUUCAGCUGCAACUUUCCUGAGGCGCAUUACCCGGCGAGCUGCAGUCACAUGUCCCAGUGGAUGGAUGACGGCGGUUACUACGAAGGAAUGAGCAUGGAAGCUCAGAGCAAACACCUCGCCAAGCUCAUCUCCAAACGCUGCCCGAGCUGCCAGGCUCAGAUCGAGAAGAACGAAGGCUGCCUGCAUAUGACCUGUGCCAAGUGUAACCACGGCUUCUGCUGGCGCUGCCUGAAACCCUGGAAACCGACGCACAAAGAUUACUACAACUGCUCUGCCAUGGUGAGUAAAGCAGCGCGGCAGGAGAAGAAGUUCCAGGAUUAUAAUGAGAGAUGCACCUUCCACCAUCAGGCAAAGGACUUUGCCAUCAACCUGGAGAACAAAGUGUCAUCCAUCAAUGAAGCUCUGCAGAUGAAAUCUUUGACCUUCGUCAUUGACGCCUGUAAAGUCCUCGCUCAGGCUCGGAAGGUGCUGGCCUACUCCUGUGUGUACAGCUACUACAACCAGGAGACGGAGAAGAUGGACGUGAUGGAGCAGCAGACUGAGGCUCUGGACCUGCACACCAAUGCUCUGCAGAUCCUGCUGGAGGAGACGCUGCUGCAGUGCACUGACCUGGCCUCGUGUGUGAGGCUGCUGAAACCCGAACACCUCAACACGGGUCUGGAGCUAAUCCGACGCAUCCAGGAGCGCCUGCUCGCCAUCCUCCAGCACUCCACCCAGGACUUCCGGGUCGGGUACCAGUCCAAGAGCAGCCAGGAGCCAGAAUCCACUCAGGCCUCCAACCUGUCCAACCACACCGACACCAACAAAGUGUCCAAGUCAGAGCGGGCGUCGGACUCUGGAGACUCGGAUAACAACAACUACGCGGGCGACGAGGGCGGCGAAGAAGCCGAAGACGAUGAUGAUGAUGAGUACGAUGAAGAGUACGUCCCUGAGUGGCACGAGGACUACGAUGAAGACGAUAUUGACGAGGAUGACUUCUUCUCCGAUGAUGACGAGUCCGAGAACCUGGAGAGGGACUUCAGCCCCUUCGACUAAAUCAGACUUCUCAAGUCCGGGCUAAGAGCGCGAGGGCGAGUUGUGGCGCCACUACAACCCCGCCCCCUCUGCACCGCCAUCGCACACCCCCCGAGGACGACCAAGAGUACAUCUGUCCUCCUACGUCCCAAACACAGCUGCACUCGCUUUGUCACUCCUGUAUCUCACUUCCUGUGUUUGCGUUCAGAGUACGGAAGCAGGCGAGGGACAAAAUCAGGAACAAGUUCUGAGUUUAGAAAAAGUUUUAUGACCUGAUGUGACCGUUUCCUGUUUGUUGUAAACUAGAAUGAACCCAUUUAGGUCCUUUAAACCAGUUUAAACCGGUUUACACUUCCUUGUUUUCUUCUUUCUGCUUCUUGUCAGAAAAAUAAAGUUCCGAUGAUAUUUUUGUGAUUCCUGAUCGUGGCUUUAACCGCGGCUUUGAUUGGCUCUCAGAGCUGGUUUCCUGUUUGUCCCGCCUCGUCUCCGUGCCGACCCGGCCAGCCUCAGAGUAAAGGUGGGCAAAGGGAUCGUGAUCCGGCUCUCCUUCGUCCUCCUUUCAUCACAUUCUGCCUUCAGUUCUGCUUCUGAUGGACGUUGCCUUUGUUAGUGAGUAAAGAGAACUCACUUCCUGUGUACCGCUUCCACGUUGGGAGUUUUUUAUAUGUUCUGAGUCGGUGGUUUCUAUGCAUCUAAACAAACUGAUGCUGAUGGUUCUGACAGGUUGAGCAGAACCGGCUUCUGAUGUAUCACUGCAAUAAGCGAUCGGUCGCUUCUCAUUUGCUAAGCAAAGACUGUCCCCUGCUCCGUUUGACGCUGUUGGACGACUUCCUGCCCUGCGGGAUUCUGGGAUAUCUCCUGAUACCCGAGCUCUGAGUUUUGCUGUAAUUUUGAGAGAUCCUAUAUUCAUAUUAUUGAUGUUCUGAGAUGUUCUUUCUGGUUUCUUUGUUGGAGUCGAGCGACUUCAGCCAGCAAAACUAAAUAAAAGCUUUUUCUGCUACGCUG